AUGACUCGAGCUUUCGCGGCUGCUGGUGCAACUGUGGUACACAUCUUGGGCCGCACUGAUCGAACUCUUCAAGAAACUAAGAGACUGGUAAGCUUGGAGUUUCCGAGUAUCGAUAUUACUACCCAUGCGUGUGACGUAACCGACGAGAAAUCGGUAGAGCGUGCAGCUCAGGAGAUUGGAGCAUGGGAUGUUCUCAUCGUCAAUGCUGGAUUUUUAAGUGAAAGUCGUCCAAUCACGGACUCGAACUUGCAAGAAUGGUGGCAAUCUUUCGAGACGAACGUAAAAGGAUCGUUCCUUGUUACCAAACACUUCCUUCCUCAACGUUCCGAAGGGGCAGCUAUUGUUGGUAUUAGCAGUGCCGUCACAGCUCUCCCUGCCACAGCCGCACCAAACAGCUCGGCGUACGCAUCAUCCAAAUUUGCGGUGAUAAAGCUUUUCGAGUAUAUAGCCGAGGAAAAUCCAGACCUACACGUCCUUACGAUUCAUCCCGGUCUUAUAGAGACUGACAUGGCCAAAAAGGGUCGACCACCCGGCGUGCCUUUCGAUGACAGGAAGUAUCUUGAUAUCAUCAAACUGCCAGCACACUUCACGGUGUGGGCUGCGAGCUCUGAUGCGAAGCUUGCACGUGGGAAGUUCUUAUGGUGCAAUUGGGAUGUUGAUGAGUUGGUUAAAAAGUUGGAAGAGAAACGAGAUGAUCCGUUUUACCUAACCUCGGUUCGAUUCGGGUCUUACUGA